GGUGAGGGGGGCGCAUUCUAUUAAAACUAUUUUCCUUCUAAAAAGUAUAGUUUCAUUCUAUUUUCCUUCUAAAAAGUAUAAUGUGAGGUCAUUCCGUGCAUAUUAAAGAGAUUUCGUGGGGUUUUAUAAAACGGGGUGCGCUUCAAAGUGGGAAAAAGAGUGAAGAGAGGAGGAAAUAGAGAGAGAAACAGAGAGCCUGUAAAGCGAGAGUUUUUCAGAGUUAGAGAGAGAAGAUAGCGGCUGAACUUGUUGCAGAAGAAAAAUGGCGCCUGAGCCAGAGGAGGAAAUCAACGAGAAGAACCCUCGCCCUUUGGACGAGGAUGACAUCGCCCUACUGAAGACCUAUGGUUUAGGGCCUUACUCUACAAGCAUAAAGAAGGUGGAGAAGGAAAUUAAAGAAAUGGCCAAGAAAGUUAAUGAUCUAUGUGGAAUUAAAGAGUCUGAUACUGGUUUAGCUGCUCCAAGUCAAUGGGAUCUUGUUUCUGACAAGCAAAUGAUGCAAGAGGAACAACCUCUCCAGGUCGCAAGAUGCACAAAAAUUAUUAACCAGAACUCUGAGGAUGCCAAGUAUAUUAUAAAUGUAAAGCAAAUUGCCAAGUUUGUUGUUGGAUUAGGUGACAAGGUUUCUCCCACAGACAUUGAAGAAGGCAUGCGCGUAGGGGUUGAUCGAAAUAAGUAUCAAAUUCAGAUUCCAUUACCUCCAAAGAUUGACCCAAGUGUUACAAUGAUGACAGUUGAAGAGAAACCUGACGUUACUUACAAUGAUGUUGGUGGUUGUAAGGAGCAGAUUGAAAAGAUGCGAGAGGUUGUCGAGUUGCCCAUGCUUCACCCUGAGAAGUUUGUGAAGCUUGGCAUUGAUCCUCCAAAAGGGGUGCUUUGCUAUGGCCCCCCAGGAACAGGAAAAACACUCUUGGCCAGAGCGGUAGCCAACAGAACUGAUGCUUGCUUUAUUCGUGUUAUUGGAAGUGAGCUUGUUCAGAAAUAUGUGGGGGAGGGGGCGAGGAUGGUUCGUGAACUAUUCCAGAUGGCUCGCUCAAAAAAGGCUUGCAUUGUCUUCUUUGAUGAAGUGGAUGCAAUAGGAGGGGCUCGAUUUGAUGAUGGUGUUGGGGGGGAUAAUGAAGUUCAACGCACAAUGCUUGAAAUUGUAAAUCAGCUUGAUGGAUUUGAUGCUCGAGGAAAUAUCAAAGUUCUAAUGGCAACUAAUAGGCCUGAUACGUUGGACCCAGCACUAUUACGUCCUGGUCGACUUGAUCGUAAGGUUGAGUUUGGGUUGCCUGAUUUGGAGAGCAGGACCCAAAUCUUCAAAAUCCACACAAGAACAAUGAACUGUGAGAGGGAUAUCCGGUUUGAACUCCUUGCUCGCCUUUGUCCCAACUCCACCGGAGCGGAUAUAAGGAGUGUAUGCACUGAGGCAGGCAUGUAUGCCAUAAGAGCUCGAAGGAAAACUGUGACUGAGAAAGACUUUCUCGAUGCAGUCAACAAAGUAAUUAAAGGCUACCAGAAGUUCAGUGCUACUCCCAAGUAUAUGGUUUACAAUUAAGAGGAAGUCCACUUUCAUUCAGGAUGGAGAGAGAUGAAAGAAGAUAGCUUCUAUUCGCUAAAAGGCCUGUUAACUCUUUUUCAUCCUUGGUUAUAUCCAUAAUUAGGAUCAAAUUUGCUUCUGCGGUUAUUGUUUCUUGUAAGGUAUUUUUGUUACAUUAAUUGAUGAAAUUUGGAACCUGUUUGAACCCUAUUAUACU